AUGGAUAAUCAACAACGCAGCCCCAGCGCUGCUUCACCGCCCAGCCAUCCACACAGCAACUUGGCUCGCCAAGUCGCUUCGGAAAUGCCCAGUCUCUUGUCCCGGAUCGUCCGCCGAUCGGAUGAUGACCGAAUUUGCUCUAAGAACGAGACGUGCGGCCGUGGUAUUAGUCCCAAUGCUACUAACUUGGCUAUUGCCCUCGGAGUUGUCAUUCCUGUUGUUGCUGCCGCCAUCACGUUCUUCAUUCUCCACCGACGAAGUGUUAAACGCAUGCACAUGGAAGACGCCAAAUACCGAGAGACUGACCUCGACUACGGUCUGGACGAACCCCCGUCCAAGGGAAAGCGAAUGACCGCCAUGUUUGGUGCCGGCGGCGAAAAGCAGCAGCACCGUCCUGGUCAGUUAUCCAUGGAUAUGAACCUUUCUUCGCCCUAUCUGUUGCCGCCGGAUCUCAACCAGUCGAAGGAGUCGAUUCAUUCCUUGGCCAAGUCGUACCACAACCGCCAGGAUCCGUACCACACCGUGCCUCUCUACUCCGGUGGCGAUGGCUCCUCUAUUCGAUCGUUUCCCGGAGACCCGUACUCUCCCAUCAGCAGCAAACGCCAGUCUUUUGGCAGCAACAUUCCUCCUCGCUCGCACUCCAAGCCGCAGUCCCCUCUUGCGACAGACCCAUUUGCUACUCCAACACAGCCGCAGCCUGCGCAUAUGGCACAUGUCGACGCGCCAACCUCCUUUCCCAACAAGAAUCUACCUGUUCAGCCAAUCGUCCCCGAGAUUGGCACUGUUCACGAGGCUCACGUGGAUGAUCAGAGCAUAUAUGAAAUGCCCGAUGUUCCUUCUCCUCCCGCUGCUCUUGCCAAAGAUCCCAAAACCGGUCUUCCCGUCGACAAUAACUUCCGUUUUGAGCUUCCUGGGACCGUCGAUCAAGAGCCCAGUAUUGGAGUCGCCCAGCUUAGUGAUGAUGCUAGUCAUCAGAACCCCCAAAGCCGGGGUCUGGGCCUCGACGUCGAACUGCCCACGCAAGAGAUGCAUGGCCACGCCAUUGACAACAGCCAUGUAGUCCACGAUGACCACAACGAUCCCUACCCUCAAAUCCAGACAACAGAAUACUAUGAAGACACGAACUAUGUGGUUAAUGAUAUGCAGCAAGGCCACAUGGAUGAAGGCUUAGGAGUUCCACAGACGAUGACCAAGAGACUGUCCGUUGGUGUCGUGCCCCUACCGCCCGCGGAAGUCACGCAGUCUGAGGACCCAGAGUACCGCGCCAACCGUAUUCGAUCUUUCUACAAGGAGUACUUUGAGGAUUAUGCCGAUGCCCCGCCUCUGCCUGGCCAGGCAGAGCCUCACGACGACUACAACGCUGGCUACCUCGGCGACGCUGCUUAUUACGAUGCCGACAGCAAUGCCUUUGUCAUGCCGUACGCCCAGCCGGUUACUCGCCGCGCCAUGACACCGCCUCCUGGAGGUGCCCGUCGGGGUCCUACUGGUCCUGGACGACCACGUGGCCCGGGUUCUGUAGGUGGCAUGAGCCUGCCCGGGGGACGUGGCCGCAUGCGCGCUGGCUCGCAUGGUCAGUUCAGCCAGCCACCGAAGAAGAGGCUCCCGCCACCAGCCGCUCUCAAUACGCUACCCACCCCCUCCAAGCUCAGGGACGACACGGCCCUCCUGAACGCCAUGGACUUUGCACCACCGGAACUGUUCAAAGACCAAGCUGCUGGGCGUAGCCAGAGUCCUUUGGGUGAGCGGCGUCCAUACAAGCCAGGUCAGGCCGGUGCUUCUCCUCUCGUCACGGCCUUUGACGAACUCGCUGCCCUCCCUAGUCCGCACUUGCUCCGCAAGUCGUCGACGUUUACCGGCCUCGACUUUGCGCCGCCCAAGAAGUUUAAGGGCGACAGUGACAUGAGCGAUGCAGGCAGCAUCAGAAGCAACCGCAGUGGCAUCUCGGCUGUGCAGCUUGACGCCAUCAGAAGUGGUGCCGGCCGUGUCAGCCGUCUGCCUGGCGAUACUGUCUUCACCACGAGCAAUUUCGGCGACCAGCUCAAGCCUCAGUGGGGUAUGCGUCCAUGA